AUGGUUAAAAAGUCGAUUCCGAAGGCGAUUCUGCAAAGAACUCAACAGCUUAAAAAGGCCAAGUCGAAAUCGAAGAAAUCAAAGAAAUCAAAGAAAGCGUUCUCUAGGGAAUCCAAAUUUGUAAGUGCACAAUCAUCAAAUGAGUUGGAUUGGAAAGCAGUGGAUAUUCCAGAAACGAUGGAUGAUUACGAGGGUUUUUACGGUUUAGAGGAGAUUGAUGGUGUUGAUGUUAAAGUUGUUAACGGAAAGCUUCAUUACGUUACCCAAGAUAAGACGAAGUUGGCUGCUAAUAAGGACAAGGAAGUUACCUCUGAUCAAGUUCCAGCGGGUGACUUUGAAGUGGAGGAUUUUGAGGAGGGUGAAGGAGAGAAGAAGACAAAAAGUGGGACUGUUGGAGGAGGGAAGGAAUCCACCACGGUGCCUGAGAAGGCCGGUUCUAAAACUGAUGAAGAUAAUAUUCCUGGUAUACCGGGUGCUAAGAAAACAAAGAUUACUUUAAAGGAGAAGAAGAAGACUAAAGAACAAUUAGAUGACCAGUUGACUGGUAAUGGUUUCUCGGCUCUAAGGAAAAGAGAUGCUAUGGGAGAACUUCCUAUGGAUGAUGUCGAUCUUCCAGAGUGGAAGGAUACUCAUGUGUCUCUAUACAUUCAAGAUGCUCUUUCUAAGCUCAACUUUAAGACACCCACUGGCAUUCAAAAGGCAGCCAUUCCAAAGGCUUUGGAAGGUAAGGAUGUUAUUGGUAAGGCUAUUACUGGUUCUGGUAAAACUUUGGCUUAUGGUAUACCAAUCCUUGAGAUGGCCUUAGAAGGUGAUAAGAAUGGAAAUGAGGUUAAUCAUCCUACAGGAUUAAUUUUCACUCCAACAAGAGAAUUGGCGGUUCAGGUGACCAAACAUUUGAAAGCGAUGGUGAAAUAUUCACCUUUGAAAGAUAACUCAGUUGUGUCUUUGACUGGUGGAUUGUCUAUUCAGAAGCAGGAGAGAUUAAUGAGUUAUAAUCCUAGAAUUCUUGUUGCCACUCCGGGAAGAUGUCUUGAAUUGCUUGAAAAAUCUGAUGAGGUUGCAAAGAAGGUGGCCUCUACUGAUAUUCUUGUCUUCGAUGAAGCUGACAGAUUGGUGGAAGAUGGACAUUUUGAUGAUUUAGAGAAGAUCUUGGAUAUUAUGCGUAACAAUAGGCCUACGGAAGAUUCGUCAAUACCGCGGAAAUGGCAGUCUUUGGUGUUUUCUGCCACUUUCUCUAAAGAUUUGUUUGGUAAGCUUGAUAAACAAGUUGUGAAAAACAAAGCAGAUAAACUAGCAGAUAAGAAGCUUAGAAAAAAGAGAAGGCUUGACGCUGAAAAGGAAUUGGACGAAGGAGAAGUGGAAAGAGAGGGGGUUUUGGAUAUGCUCAGCAAGAAAUUGAGAUUUAGAGGCAGACCACUCUACAUUGAUGUCAAUCCCACCGAGAUUGUUGCCGAUAGCAUUACAGAGGCCCUUAUUCCAUGUUCUCCGACGGAAAGAGAUCUAAUGUUGUACUAUUUCCUAUCGAUAUUUCCAGGAAACACGUUAGUAUUUGCCAACUCCAUUGAUUCGGUGAAGCGUCUCAAGCCAAUGCUCAACAGUCUAAGAAUUCCUACAGUAGCAUUGCAUUCAUCGAUGAUUCAAAAGCAGAGAUUGAGAUCUUUGGAAAGAUUUCAACAAAAUUGUGAGGGUGCUGCCAAAGAGCACAAAUCAUCUGUUCUUAUUGCUUCUGAUGUUGCCGCCAGAGGUUUGGAUAUCCCAAAUAUUCAGCAUGUGGUGCACUAUCAUCUUCCCCGUACCGCCGACUCUUACAUUCAUAGAUCUGGAAGAACUGCAAGAGCUGGCAAAAAGGGUGUUUCCAUAGUUCUAUGCUCACCACAAGAAGCUUCGGGACCUCUCCACAAAUUGAGAAAGCUUGUGAGUAAUAAGGACGAUCUACACGUUGAUGAACUAAAGAUUCUACCGGUUGAUAAUGACAUUCUCAGACAAAUGCAGGACAGAUUGGAGAUUGCCUCGAAGUUAGCGCAGGCGGAUAUUACCAAUAGCGUUGUGGUAAAGGAGAAUAGCUGGAUGGAAAAGGCUGCGGAGGAUUUAGGUGUGGAAGGAUGGGAUGUACUUGUCGAGGAUGAUUACUUGAGGAGAGAUAAGAAGCGAAAGCAAGGUAAGCAAUUGGAUAAGCAGUCGAAGAAAGUCCUCAAAGCUGAGUUAAGAGAGUUGCUCGAUAUACCCGUGAGGAAGGGUAGGAGCUCAUACAUUACAAGUGGUCUCCAUAACCUUGCUGAGUUGUUAGUGAAAACUGAGGGUGAUGGAAACCAUCAAGUUAUGAGUUACCUCCAAAAGAAUGCUUUAUCGGUGUUGAACCCUAUUAAGAAAAGACGACUCUAA